CGACGCCCGAACCCACGGCGAGGUCAUUUCACCCGGCAAAAGUGAAUUCACAGGGAAAUCAAAGCAGCCGAUUCUGUCAUCCCGACAGAACGGGGCGGAGGAGGAGGAGACCUCGGGGUGCCGUGACCGCCCCGCUCCGCUCCGCUCCGCCCGGCAGCGCUGGAGCCGCUGCAGCGAUGUCCGCGCUCAGCCGGUUUCUUUGGGGCUAUUUUGCCUUAUUUUUUUGACAGAACUGACAGAUGAACAGAAGGAAUUCCAAGCUACUGCCCGGAAAUUUGCUCUGGAGGAGAUAAUUCCUGUGGCUGCACAGUAUGACAGAACUGGGGAGUAUCCUGUUCCACUCAUCAAAAGGGCCUGGGAGCUUGGGCUGAUGAAUUCACACAUCCCAGAGAGCUGUGGUGGGCUGGGGCUGGGCACCUUCGAGGCGUGUCUGAUCACAGAGGAGCUGGCGUACGGAUGUACCGGGGUGCAAACGGCCAUCGAGGCAAAUUCCCUGGGGGUGA